CGUUCGAGUCGCCAACCCGUGCCGUCAUCUUCUUGUCGCCGCGUCCACUCGGCUGAGGCUUCAUUGUUUGUUAGUUUUCGGAGCAUAGUCUUCAUCCAUUCUUUCGGCGCGCCAAUUGCCCCUUGGUAGCUUGGGCAUCGCGCGACCAUGCUGUUUGCGAAACCAUGGGCAAGCGUGUGCUUGCUGGCGGGAUCCUGGACGGGUGCCUGGGCGCGGUCUGGGGGUUUGACCGAGGAUCCCGAUAUCAAAGCCAUCUCGCUGCGAACACACAGCCUCCAGCCUCCAUACCUCGACUCGGACAUGCAGAGUCGUUGGUGGGACUUUGGCGGAGACACCAUUAUUCGCACUGAUCAGUACAUUCGACUGGCUUCGGACAAGCCCUCGCGCGACGGCUGGCUAUUCUCGAGAGUGCCUCUUACGGCCACAAACUGGGAGGUCCUCUUCGAGUUUAAGAUCCAUGGACAGGGAAGCCUCUACGGCGACGGCUUUGCCAUGUGGCUCACCAAGCAGCGCGCACAGCCCGGAAACGUCUUUGGCCAUACGGACAAGUUCGAGGGUCUCGGCAUCUUCUUCGACACCUACAAAAACAACCGUCCCGGCACUGUUUUCCCUUACAUCAUGGCUAUGAACGGUGAUGGAAAUACGCCAUAUGACAAGGAUAACGACGGCAAGGCCAACGAGCUGGCCGGAUGCUCUGUCCGUGGAAUUCGCAAUUCCCAAGUUCCUACCAAGGCCCGCCUCACUUACUUCCAAGACCAGUUCCUCCGCCUCGAAAUCCAAUACAAGGCCGAAGACGAAUGGACCAAGUGCUUUGAACUCCCCGAGUUCAAGGUCCCGCCCGUUGCAUACCUUGGUUUCUCUGCUGAAACUGGUGAACUCUCCGACAACCACGAUAUUAUUUCUGUACAGUCAACGAACCUCUACAAGAAGAACCCGGGUGCAGCUUCUUCGUCAAGUGGUGAAGGCUACAAGACGGCCUCAUCUAUGAGCCGUGAGAGGCCUAGCGAAGGAAGCUGGACAUGGACCUUUGUAAAGUUUGUGAUGUUUGGCCUAGCACUGACGGGCGCAUACGUUGGUUUCACCGUCUACAGGGCCAGACAAAGAGACCGUUUCUAGAAGAAGAACUCUUAUCUAAGAUUCAAGGGGCGGGGGAAGCGCGCCUGGAAGAUCCGGCCUAUAUUACAGGUUGACGGGUGCGUCGAACUCGGGGAUGAGAACGACUGGACGGCAUUGUACAGGGUUGGAUGAUGGAGUUGGCUGUGUCCGAGUGGCCUGGAAAAGGCCAUUCACAUUGUUUGUGGUUCCUUUAGCAUCUGUCACAUUACUCUCUACCUAGGUGUAAAGACUCGAAAUGAAAUUACUGUGUUCC